CUUUAUGAAUUAUCAUUAUUAUUGUUUCUCUGAUUGUCGUUCGUGUUGUGCGUCGUCUCCAGGAUUUUUCGUCGUGUCGUCCAACGUUACCGCCGUCGGACACCGCUGCCAGUUGCCAGUCACAAUAUUGCCGCACCAGUAAAACCCUGUUCCGUCUGACAGCAGCAGCUGUGCACCUUUCGGAUCGACUGUUAUGCCGCUAACCGCACACAUCAGCCCGUCAUUUUGAACGAUUCUCAGUAAGUGCCUACUCACGGGGGGGGACGGUUAAGACAGUGUUGUCCUAAACCCGUACUGGACAGUCCUUAUUGUCAUCGAUGCCUCGUUGUUACGGUUUUCCCGUCGAUGUUCAAUGUUAGCAUCUACCUCUUUUCGGUCCAUUAUUCACCAAGUAUGUGGGUAGUGUAAGUACUCGAGCGGAAUUCAAAACUAAACACAGACAACCCGAGUGACUUUUUGUCUUCUGGAUACGAAUGAAGAUUCGGAUAUUUGUUGUAAUCACUUGCGCGACUAUUAAUUACCUGGAAUGCUAUGUUGUAUUUGAAUAUUUAAAUUCAAAUUAUAACUUUUUACUUUUAUUUAGAAGAUUCGACAAUUUGCACAUAUGUUUGGUACAAUAAGCAGAAAAGAUAGCGUGCGAAAUAAGUGUUUUAUAAUAUAAACUAGGGCAUGUAUGCUUGAUUGAGGAACUAUCCAGCGACAGCAUUUCGGCAAUGAGUACUUAGUGGUUAUGGUUGCAUACACGAUACAUGAUAGCUACUAUGACCACUUAGGAAGUCUCAAGGCAUAAGUCUUCUAGUUGCAUAAAAUCAAAUAUAACAACCAUAAUAUUUAUAUAUUGUGUUUAAAUACCUACUUGAUAUGUAUCUUUGUGGUUUUUUGGUCUACCUUCAGUCUAGCCUCAAGACUAUACCAUCCAACAAAUGUGUCUCUGCCUUUCCCUUUCGAGUGAUAAUUUUCUUCGGGUUUUACUUUUACCAUGUCUUCUCUUUUUCUGUAUUUCUGUCACUUGAUAUGUACCUACAUAUCUAAACAAAUUAAAUUUCAUUAUUCUUAUUUAUAUAUAGGUGUUAUAAAAGUUAGUAAAAUUAUCUGGAUGUAAACAAAAUAUCUUAAAAAGUUUGCUGGGCAGAACUUAAUAAGAAUUAGAACUAGUUAAGUGUGUUGAUGUCAAUGAUUUUUAUUGCAGAUUAAUAACAAUAGGUAGGUACUUACUUUUUAUACUUUAUAAUCAAGUUGAUAAAUAAUUUUUCAAGUUGAAGAAAUUUCAAGUAUAAAUAAUAUUCACACAUUAAUCUUUUUGGAAGUUGCCUAUUGUAGUUAAUAGUUAUGACUUUUUUUUUGUCUAACCUACUUUACUUCAAAGAAAAACUUAUUUUUCUUACGUUUAUAAAUAAUAAUAUUUUUGUAGGUAUGUUUUUUUUAUUUGUAAACAUGUAUACAACUGUUUUUUUUUUUUUUGUAAUACUUAAUAAAAAAAUAUUAAAAACAAUUAAAAAAAAAAAUAAGUACACAUUGUAGUAAAAUAUACAUACAAUACAUUCUAAGUAUUUCUCAUUUUGUAUUUAUAUAAUUGUUUAGUUCUCGUUAAAAAUAUAUAAUUAUUAAAAAGAAAAAAAAAAAAUGAUUUCUUACAAAUUAUGGAAAUAUUCCAAUUAUUUAUACUUAAUUGAUAUUUGAUGUAAAUUAAAAACUUUGAGUUUGAUGAAAUUGGUUGAACCAAGAUUUAUAUUAGGUACCUAUAGUCUACAUUUACAAAAUUGAUUUAAUCAGUUUAAAUGCUAUCAAAACAUUUUUUUUAAAGAAGUACCUAUGUAAAAUAAAAUAAAUGUUAUUAAAUUAGCUAAAUUACAUGGGUACCUACUUGAGGAUAACUUACCAUUAAUUCAAUUCAUAACCUUAUAUCCUAUAAGCCAUUGGAUCGCGACCCAUAAAUGGGUUCGCGUAAGCUUAAAAAUUGAGUCGCGAUAAGUUUUCUUUUUUAAAAAAAAAUUAAGUUUAUACAAUUAUAUAAGGUAUACAAAUAAUUGUUUAAUUAUUAAAUUUAGAAAAUUAAUAAAUGAAAAUACAGUUUGAAAAUUAUUGUAGUAUAUUAUGUAUAAACAAUAUUAUAUAAUUUAUAUUCAAAAAUAUAAUAGUAUAAUGGAUUUUAAAUCGCAGUAUAUGUUUCAUAUACUGGUAUGAUUCUAAGUGGUAUGACAUUAAAUAUAAUAAUUUAUGAGUAAACUUGGCUAAUAAUAAAAUAAAUAUAUUAUAUUAUUAUCGUUAAAGGUAUACAUUAAAUCAGUGGUCUUCAACCGGUGGGUUGCGACCCAUAAAUGGGUUCGCGUAGGCUUAAAAAUUGGGUCGCGAUAAGUUUUCUUUUUAAAAUAAAAAUUAAGUUUAUACAAUUAUAUAAGGUAUACAAAUAAUUGUUUAAUUAUUAAACUUAUAAAAUUAAUAAAUGAAAAUACAGUUUGAAAAUUAUUGUAAUAUAUUAUGUAUAAACAAUAUUAUAUAAUUUAUAUUCAAAAAUAUAAUAGUAUAAUAGAUUUCAAAUUGCAGUAUAUUUUUCAUAUACUAGUAUGAUUCUACGUAGUAUGACAUUAAAUAUAAAUAUUUAUGAGUAAACCAGGCUAAUAAUAAAAUAACUAUUAUCGUUAAAGAGUCCAAUAAUCUACGAACAUUGUCAAUGUUGUCGCUGUGUUUAAAGACGAAUAAAUGUUAGUUGCGAUAUUAUUCUAGUCAUAUUUACGUAUCUGUUUUAAAAGUUUUUUGAAAUUUGUAUUUAUUUAGUUAUAACAGUAUUACUACAAAGUAUUAAAUAAUUUUAGAUUUUUUUUCUUUUGUUUUUCUACAAUCUUUUUUCUUUUUGUGUACCUUAUGUGGGUUUGCGAAUAAUGUACGCCUAAAAAAAAUAGGUCAUGAGUCCAAAAAGGUUAAAGACCACUGCUAUAAGCUAUAGCUACUUUUAUAUUAUAUACCUAGCAACAUUUUUUUUAUGGUACAAGACGUUUAUUUUAAAACUAAAUCAAAUCUCGUGUAUCUAAGUAUAUUGUGUUACCAAGUUUUUUUUCAAUAUCCGAUAAUUUUGUCAAUUAUUGAUAUUUAUUUAAUAAUUAUUUUUCUAUUAAAUAGAAAAACUUGUUCAUUGAACAGUAUUAUGAUUACCAAAAACAAACAUGUUGUUGUAUGCUUUUUAUAAAUAAAAUUGUAAACAUGACUAAAUAAUGCAAUAUGUAGGAAAUAAUAAAUAAAUUAAAAUUUUAAGUAAAAUGGUACAAAGACUACAAAACUAGGUAUAUUGACUAAUUAAAAUAUAAAUACAUAUACUGCUAAGCUGUAUGUCUUUAGCAUUAAAACAUUGACAAAUAAUUGUCUUAUUUUAAUAAUCCUUAUAUACCUAGGUACCAAACAAAUACCAUUAUUUGUAUUAUCUGAUAAGAUUAAGUUAGGUGCUCUCAACAACAACAACAAAAACAAAAUUAUUAGUAAAUUGAUUUGAUAGGUAUCUAAGUUUCUUAAAUUUUCAUAAUUAAUUACAUGAUUUUAUAAUAUUCUUGUACUUUCUUUUUCAGUUAAAUAAUUAUAAUGGACAAACGUCAGAGGAACAACUAUUCACCAAGUACACAUGAAAAAACCAGCCCUGAAAAGAAAAAUGAAAAAUUAAUAUUUCCCAACAUUGAUUAUGGAAAACUUUUAUUAAAACAUGAAUCAAAUUCAAUGAACACUGGUAAACCAGCUGUACUGACCGACCAAGAUAUCAAUAAUUAUAUAAUGAAUUGUGUUUCAAAUUUAAAAAUUAACGAACAAAAAUCUCCAACGCAUUCCAAAAUGUUUUCAUAUAACAAAUCAAUGGAUUUGUGUAACAGUACUGAUAGUAGAUUACAAAGUAAUAAUUCUAUCGAUAGUAUGAACGGUUAUAGACAUACGUCACAUUCCACUCAAUCCAGCAUGGAUCUAGGUAAAUAUCCUAGAAGUGACAUGGUAUUAAAACCUUCAUUAUCAAGUCCGCCGCCCUAUAGUACUUCAACAGUCAAUCGAGAUUCGCCAAGUCCGCGUGCUAGUAUUGCGUCCAGUAUUGGUCAUGAAAUGAAAUCGUCUCCAUUAUAUGAAAAUGUCGACUUUUAUGGUGGCCGUUCGUUAUCUCAAACACCUACAUAUUACCACCAAAGACCUAGACCGGGUUCACAUUCCAGUGGCGGAUCUCAAGACUCUAGACAUUCCAGUCCCCGAACCAGUAUAGUUUCGAGUGAAGGUUCAUUGGCACUUUAUGAAUCCAAUUACCGUAAGGCCCAACCUCAAGUUCCAAUUAACUAUCCCAAAUACAUUCCGCCUAUGGGAAAAGAAGUCCCACCUUACGAAGCACCUCCUGUUUAUGAAACUUUAUCAGAAACUAAUAAAAACUCAAAUUGCUAUGAACCAGCUAAACCCGGGCCACAAGUACCAUCACAGUCUAUUGACUACAGUAGCCGAUACCCUCCUCAACAUGCUAUGCCAUACAUAAAACCUAUACCUAUGAUAGUUCCACAAGCGAUCAAAGCAUUGUCAGAUUAUUCAACUGAAACAAACCCUCAUAAUAUGCGAUCAUAUAAUUCUGCUAAUAAUGUGAGUUAUUCUCAAGAUCCAGUAACAGAAGUCAACAGACCAACAAAGUCAACUAGUGUAUCAUCGCAAAUGUGCGUUGUAGGGCAGCCGGCACUCGCUGAAUCUAGAUCUCAAAAACCACAAAAUACUAUGCCUAAAAUGUUUCAAACUGUAUCGGCAUGUCAACGAGAAUCACCAGUACAUCAUAGAGAUGUAUCGACAAGGACAUCACCAACACCACCUGCAUUACCUAUCAAGGUCAAACACAUGGCCAAAAAUCUUCUACCUUACAAUGUCACUCCGCCACGUCCAAUGGUAUUUUAUUAAUGUUAUAAUAGUACAAUAUUCUUCACAUCAAUAUAAUAUUUUUAAACUAUUUUUUCCAUAUAUGAUAGGAUUAUAUUAAUAUUUAUGUAACCCAUACUGUUAUGUAAUAUUAGAUUUAAUUUCAAUUUAUUGAUGCUUAUUAUAUUGUUCUAAUAUUAAUUGAUAUUUUAGGGACCCACUGAGGCAGAAAAAAAAAUCGAAGAAUUGACCCGUCAGCUUGAAGAACAGAUGGAAACUCAAGAAGUUGCUGUGGGUGGAGAAUAUUUCGGUGUGUAUAUUUAUUGUUUUGUAUUUGUUUUUAUAAAAUAUAGAUUUAUAGAUAAAUAUAGAUAUAUAUAUUGUAUUGUUUGUACUUAUACAAUAAAAAUUGUUUUAUUUAGGUAUAUGUCAUACUUGUGGUAACAAAGUUACUGGUGCUGGUCAGGCUUGUCAAGCUAUGGGUAAUUUAUACCAUACCAAUUGUUUUAUAUGUUGUGCUUGUGGUCGUGCACUUCGUGGUAAAGCGUUUUAUAAUGUAUAUGGAAGAGUGUAUUGUGAAGAAGAUUACAUGGUAUUAACUAUUUAAAUUUUAUAAAUAUUUUUAUCAAUCAUAAACAUUUUUUGUUUAUUUAAUUUUCUGAUUUAAAUUGUAUAUAAUUUACAACAAACAUUUUUAUUAUUUUUAACUUUUAGUUCUCAUUUUUAUAUAUAAUAAUUCAAUUUACUAAAUUUUAUUUGAUGAAUUUCAAGUUCUUAAAUAUUGAACUCAUAAUAUUAAAACAUGCUCAAUUAUAGUUAUAGAUUUUGAGCGCAGUUUUAUAAUGUUUUAUUUAUGUGUGCAUUUUAUUUUUUACUUUUUUGUCUGUUACUGUCUUAACCAAAAAUGUAUGUGCAUGUAUAAAUUAAAUAACAAUGUAUCCUAACUUUCCAUCUACAACAAUGCUACACCCAUCAAUAAUAUCAAAUCUUUUAAAAUUAUGAUUACUAUUAAAAAUAGAUUUCAGUCAUUUGUUGGUUGAAUUAGAAAGUUUAUUACAAGUAAUAUGUGUCAAAAUGUAUCAAGUGUACCCCUUUUUAUCCUUCCAAGGGUUUUCAUAUUGAUUGGGAAAAGACACAGGAACAAAUAUGUAUGGCCUAAAGAUUUUAUGAUUUUGUAUUUUUGUAAACUUAUGUUAUCUACGAGACUUAUUGCUCCAAUAGAAAAUUAACAAAAUACAUUUCUUUGAAGGUUAUUCAAUAAUUGAUCAAAAUCGUAGAAAGAAUGAAUAAAUUUAGGAAAAUAACGAUUUUAAAUUCUGAACUGAGAGAGAAAUGUAUUGUAUAAAACAAUAGUGAUUUGUAUUAUUUUCUUUUUAUGUGAACACUUUUUCUACCAAUAGCCCUCUCCAAAUUUCAAGUAUAACAUUUUUUCUAAAAGAAAAUAUUGUUUAAAAUAUGCAUUAAGACUUUAUUUAAAAAAAAAAAUAUCUAAAUUAAUAAUUAAAAAACUGUCCUAGGGUAAUGGGCCGGGUGUAACCACUGUUAUAGGUGGGAAAUUAGGAAGAUAGGAUACAGAAAAGAAUUUAAUGCAUAUCUGAAGGAAUGAUGAAUCAUUGCUAAAAAAAAAACUAUUCUCAGAGAAGUUCUAUUAAUAGUGAUGCAUGUUCAAUAAUAUAUAUGUCAUAUGGUAAAAUAAUUAAAUAUAUAUUAUUUUUUUUUUUUAAUAAAAUGUAAUUAUCCCAAAAUCAUAUUUUGGAGUUUUUCGACAAUUGUAAAUUAGGUUCAUAGGACAUAGUAAACAUGUACAUAUUUUAUACAUAAUAUUGUCAACAUUUUCAUACGGAUUUAAAUUAAAUUAAAUUUAGAAGUACCCAUUUAAUAUAUAUAAUUUAUCUGGUUUAUUGUAUAAUUUGAUAAUUAACUUCAUUAUAAUUAUAUUGGAUAACAUUAUUUAAAUAUUGAUUAUAAUAUCAUAUUUUAAUACAUUUUAUUUAUAGAUAUCAUAUAAAACUGGUCUAAUAAUUCUUUAUGAAUAAUGAUAUUUAAAUGUUAAUGUAUUUAUUAAUUUGUAUUUAUUUGAUUUUUUUUAGUAUAUUGGAUUUCAACAGACAGCUGAGAAAUGUUCAAUAUGUGGUCAUUUGAUAAUGGAAAUGAUUUUACAAGCCAUGGGGAAAUCAUUCCACCCAGGUUGUUUUCGAUGUUGUGUCUGUAAUGGUUGUUUGGAUGGUAUACCAUUUACUGUAGAUAUUGAUAACAAAAUAUAUUGUGUCACUGAUUAUCACAGGUUAGUAGAAUAUUUGAAUAAUCAAUUUUAUUUUUAAUAAUAUUUGUUGCAAAUUAGGGUGUUUACUUAAAAAUAUCUUACCAGUACAAAUGUAUUCUUAUGGAAACCAUUAGUAUAAAAUAAUAAUAAUGUAUUCAAAUUUAAUUUUCCACAGUUUUUUUAUGGUUAUUUUCGUCUGGAAAAUAGUGCUUAAAGUCAAGAUCUUUUAAAUUACUGGUUCAUAAAAAAAAUUACCUUGGAUAAAUUAAUGUUCUCUAUAUGCCAUUACAUAUGCUGGGGGAUUAUGUCUUGGUUAUUUACUAUGUAAUUCAUUUUGCAUUAAUUAUUUGUUUAUAUAAAAAAAUGCAUACUAUGUAUUAUUGUCACUUCUAAAAUGAAUUUAAAAAUAUUGUACUGAAAAUAAUAACCAUUUUAUUGUAGUUAUUUUAAUAAUUCUGUUACACUCUAAAUCACUGGAUAAAAACCAAAUGUUAAUUUUUAAAGAAAUUGACAAUUGACUUUGAUAUAGAAUCUUUUACAUUUUUAAAUAUACAUAUUUGGGAUUUUAUAUUUUGUAAAUUGUAAAAGAUUCCUUUUCUGUUAAAUUAGUAGUGAUUACUAUUAUCAAUUUAAUAAAUUAAAAUAAUUAAUAUUUUUUUUUCUAUUUAAUUACAGAAAAUAUGCUCCUAAAUGUGCAGCUUGUGGCAAAGGAAUUACUCCUGUCGAAGUAUUCAUUAAAAUAACUACUUUUUGCUGGCAUAAUUAAAUUUAACUUUUGUUUCAGGGUACUCAAGAAACUGUAAGAGUUGUAUCAAUGGAUAAAGAUUUUCAUGUUGAUUGCUUUAUCUGUGAGGUAAAUAUUUUUUAUAAAAUUAAAAAAAAAAUAAGUGUAUUCUGAGUACUUAUUAAGUGGUUAUUUUUUGGAAAUUGGUUUUACUGUUGUAAUGGUAGUUUCACCAACAAGUCUCAGCACCAUUUAGUGGUUUUCUUAGCUAGGCAUAAUACUGGAGUGUGGAAUACAAUGUGUGUGUAAUAAUUUAGUUAAGUCCCAACAAUAGGGGGCCUUAAAAAUAUUUUUUCAUGUAUAACUAAUAUUGUUCUUACAAUUUAACUCUUAAUAUCAGUUAUUACAUACAACUCAAACUCUUGUUCAUUUAGUAUUUCCAUAACCACCUAAGGAACUUAGGUGUACUCAAGCCAAGUGCAUUUAUAUUAUUCUACUUAAUAUUAAAAAAUAAUAAUUUGUCUUAAUUAUAGUCUUGCAUAAUAUGUGUAUACUAAUUUAAAAUUAUUUAUUAUAAAAUAUAAAAUAAAACUUUUUACAUAUUUAAAAGGCCAAUAAAAAAUAAAAAUAAAAUUUAGUAUAAGUAAGAGUUUUAGAUUAUAUACUUGAGCUAUAGAUCACAAAUGAAAAAAUUCAAUUGUAAUAUUAACUUGAUCUUGGUAUUUAUGAAAAUACAUUUAAAGUUUUAAUAUUAUUUUAAUUCUAGGGGUUGGUCAUAGUCAAAUUUUUUUUAGAUAGCCUAUACUUUUAUGCUUAUAAAAUAUUUAAAUAACCUAUUUAUUUUGUCCAUAUUAUUAUAAUAUUAGUAAAAUGGUAGGUAGAUUGAUAUUGCUUAAAACCUUUAAAAAUAAGUUGAACUUCAGUAUAAUGUUGUUCUAAAGAGAUCUAUAUUACUUAAACAUUUGAUAUUUUUCAGGAGUGUGGAAUGCAAUUGACAGAUGAGCCAGAUAAAAGAUGUUAUCCAUUAGACUCCCAUUUGUUAUGCCGGUCAUGUCAUAUUUCUCAUUUGCAUGAUAAUGCACCAGAAUUGGAGGUAAAAUUAAUUUAUAUAUCAAUAAAUUAUUUUAAAAACUUAUUAAAAUAUAUAUGUAUAUUUUUUUUUUUUUAGAGUGUUUCUGCUACAUAUGAAUAUUUAGAUUGAAUAGUUUUAUAAAGGUAUUAUUUGAACAUUUAUUAUAAUAUAUAUAAUUUAAGGCUGGUUAUUUCAUCAAUUUUGUAUACAUUUAAAAUUAUCAUUAGGAUAGUUUCAUUAUCGUUAAUAUUAUUAGUAUUUUUAAUUUAUAGUUCCAUUUAAAAUAUAUUAAGUUUAUUGAUUAUUGUUAUGUAUUAAAAAAUUAUAUUAUUAUACUAAUAUUAUGAAUAUUAACUGUAUAAUAAUAGUAUUAUAGUAGUAAUAUGGAAAUAUAAGUAUUUAUGGUAAUAUGGAAUUGUAGAUAAAUGUCAAUGUAAAUAUCUGGGCAAUGCAAAUUAUUAACAAAUGUACUCUUAUUAUAUUUAUAAUAAGAAAUUAUCACUAGAUGUGAUUAUAAUAUGAAGUAUAUGAUACUUUAUCUAGUAAUAUAAUUAGGAAAUGGAUAUACUUUUACAUGCACAUUAAAACCAUUAAAAUACAUGCUUUUAAAAAUAAUAUUAUACUUCUUUUUUUCAUUUUAUAAUAAAACAUUAUCUUUGCAUAAGUUUCAAACAAAUUUUUUAUUAUUAUUAACCUAAUAAGUGAUAUGAUUAAAAAGAUAACUAGAUAUAUGAUAAUUGUAUGAAAUAUUUUAUGAAAUGCCAUUUAUUUUUACUAAUAAAUGAACCCUGUCUUUUUUUACUUUUAAAAUUAUCAAUAGUUGUUACAGCAAUCAUUUAGUCAAUCUUUAUCAGAAUUAUUUUCAUGAUAAUUAUUGGAUAUUUCUUACAAUUAACAAAAUGUAAAAAAUUUGUUACUAAUACUUCAGUUUUAUAAAAUAUUAACAAGGCUGGUUCACUUUUAACAUCCAUGAAGUUGGCUACCUCACUUAAAGUUAUGGACAUCAAACCAACAUUCCACAUUACAGAUAAACAUUUUUUAAAAUUGUAGUUGCAAAUUGUUGCAAAAUAUUUUUGUUUGUAGUCUAUAGCUGUAAAGGUGUGCCAACUGAAUGAUAAUCCAUUUAUUGUUAUUGAAUAAUUUAAUUUGAUGUUAAGGUAAAUUGUAACUGUAUUACAUUAUUGUAUUCAAAAAUCUUUAAUACAUGGAUAUAAUAUAACUUCACAAUAUUUUGGUGAUAUCAAUUACUGUAUCCAAAAAUUCACUUGAUUUUAUUUCACUAUUGUUUAUCCAAACCUCAUACCAUAAUUUAAUUUAUCCCUUUAAUUUAGUUUCAAUUGUCUUUGACCAGUGAUCUUUAGAUAGAAGAUCCCUAAAUUUGUCCAUUAAAUUUUUUAUUUUAUUGACAAUAAUACAUUUACCCAAAAGUGCUCUGUCAAGACAAUAAGUAAAAACAAAUCCAAAUCGAAAAUUCAAAUUAUUUCAUCACUGUCUAUUAAAUUAUUGAUAAAUGGGAUGAAUAUUGUGCUUCAAUAAUAAUUAACUGGAUCAUUAAUAUUUGGAUUUCAUAUCUUUGACAUUUUAAUACAUAGUGGAGGCAGGUAUACAGAGAUCUUUUACUUUUCAAAAGUGUUUCUACACACAUCAAAUAUUUCAAAAAAUAAAUCAUUAUUCUUAUUGGUUGCAGAAAGUUAGUCUUUUUUUUUUUUUAAUUGUCAUAAGCCACUAAUUGAUGAAGUUAUAGUAAAUAUAAUUGAAAUGACAUACAAAGUUACUAUAAAUUAUUUGCAGCAUGUUAAUGAUUUUGAAAGAUUUUAGUGAGAUUUUGUAGAUGCCACUAUUAAACCAUUCAGAGAUACUAUCUAAGGCUCUAUAAUUUUAAUUUUAGAUGUAGAAAACCGAAAAAUUCAAUCAUGUUUUUCAACCCAUCCAGUUUGACUCAGUGAAUGUAAAGAUUGUUCCAAACAUUUAUUUAAUACAAACUUUCCUUUAACAGAUGAAUUAAAAAUGCUACAACUUCAGAAAUUGUUCCAAAUGCAUUACUUUAUAACAACCUUUAAGAAUUAUGAAGCAUAUGAUUAAAACAUCCACAUUGUGUUGUAAAAGUCUUUAUAAAGUUUCAACUGCACCUCGUUCUAAACCAGUUAUAAUAGCACAAUUAUUAGUAGAUAUACAAACAUAAUCUAAAUUUAAUGAAAACUUGUAAAUUAUAAUUUAAAACUGUUUGGCCAAUCAUUUCGGUUAUUUUGGAUUCUUCUGUAUUAAGAUAAACAUUUUUUUGUUUUCACAAACACUGUUGUCUUUGACAUAACUUAUGACAAUAACAAGUUAAGAAGUAUGACUCAUGUCUGUUAUUUCAUUAAACAUAAUACUGUAAAAUGGCCUUCUUUUCACAUCUUCUAAAAUUGUUUGAAGUAUUGAGUCACCUAAAAUUGAAAUUGAUUGGUUUUGAGUAGUUUUGUUAAUUUUUGUUGUAGGCAUUUCUAUAUUUUCAAUAUGAGAUUUAAGUGCCAAGUUACCAUUCAAUAUAAAAUGUAAUUAAUUCCCUUAAAUUGCCUUCAUUUUCCAUUAAUUAAUUUGAAUUAUUAAAAAUGGAACUAUCAUCUCAAUGAUCUUGGAGAGGUAUCUUGUUUUCUUAAAAAAAUAAGUGUCCUUAUAAUGGGUUUUAACCUUUUGUGGUUUUGUUUAACUAUUCUUUGACUGAUUAAUUACAUCUCUAAUUGGAUCAUUGGACAUUUUUAUGAAAAUGUUAACCAUUUCGAAUAGCUUUAAUAUGUUACUGAUUUUUUUCCACAAUUCUCUAAAUAACUUUGUCUCAAAUAAUUUGUCAAAUUUUACUAACAUUAAAUUUAUUAAUCACAAAGUCAUAUACUAUUUCAUUUGAAUAUUUUAAACUAACCAUGUAUAUCCACAUUGUUAUUUUACUUGCUAGUUGAUAAAGAUUGUACAUUCAAAUUCAUACAAAUAUUAUAGUAUACAAAUUAUAUAUAUACUAUUAUUAUAUUAUACUAUAUAAUAUACAUAAUAUAGACAAUAUAGUAUUAUUAAUACAGUUUUAUUAAAAUGAACUUAAAAUGUAUCUUUUCAGAAUUAGAAUCAGAACUGUAAUUGGUGUCAACACAUCUACAAAUGUAUCUGCUGUUUCAACAACGACUUCCUUUAAUUUAUCUUCAUAAAUAUUUAUCAUCUACAAUGAACAUUUUCAAUAGGUUAGGUAAGGUUAGGUUAAGAGUUAUGUUUAAUGCUUAAAUCAUUCACAGUGAAUAUUUGUCCUUAUAUUUUUUUUAUUAAAGUAAGUUUACAAUGUGUUUAAUUUUCUUUUAUUAGAUUCUUAUUCUUAUUCCUAUUCUUUACAUUGGAAACUAUUUUCUACACUCCUUUUGUGGUUUCAUUUUCAAAAGUUAAGUUCAUAGUAUCAUCUUUGUCAAUGUACAAUUCAACUUGAUUUUGAGAUUAAAUUUUAUCUGCAAUUGACAUUAUGUUACAAAUAAUAUUAAUAAUUUCAUGAAUAAUCAAUGAUUUAAAUCUAUAUCGGAUUAUGCAUUUAGUUCUUCUUGUGCUACUAUUUUCUUUGGAUACCAUUUUUUAAGCUUGUUAAGAUAUUCAUGUUCAUAAAUUGGUUCAUUUUUUUUGUUGGUCUAUAUGUCUGCUUUUUACUGUAUGUUGUAAAUACUUCUUAUAAUAAACAAAAUUUAGUUAAUUAGUUUCUUAUACUUUCUUCAGUUUUGUAAAAUGUUAUAAUACUGAUUCACUUUUUUAUAAUGUACAUUUAUUUUUAGUUUUGUCUGUCUGUAAGUAACCAGAAAUCUUGGGCCACUCAAAAAAUAACCUGAGGCUUUUUUGGAUGAGUUUUGCUGGGAAUUUCUAGCUGGUAUAUGUAGUUUUUAAUUUCCCAAUAAGUUUUCAUAUGGAUUGGCAAAAAGGUAAAAAAAAAAUUGAAAAAUGUAGGAGUUAUUAUUUUAAAUUUUAUCCAUUUUAUUUACUAUCAAAAAUUUUAUGAGAAACUUAAGAAAUAAUAAUGUGCCAAUAAUAAGAUUAUAUUUUUUUUAGUUCAUAUAAUUUUUUUUUUUUCAAAUCAUGUUAUAUAAGUAAACUUGUUAAUUUUUUUAGAUCAAAUUCUAUAUUAUUAUUUUAUUCUAGAUGUUAUUGGGCCUCAUUACAAACUGUUUUUUCUACCAGUCUAGCAGUUAAUAUAGCAUCAAAGUUAUCCUAAAAUAAUUUCUACUUUUGUUAUCUUUGGGAUUGGGUUCUAUGAUUUUCUGUCUUUGUCUUGCACAUGUGCAACAUAGGAUUUGAGAUGUGUUCUAUUUCUAAAAACAUAUUUGAAAUUCCUGUUAUCUAUUUCCAAUUACCUUUCCCACAUUUUUGAUUUUGUACUAUUAUAAAUACUAAAAAAAAAAAGGAGUAAUUAAAUCAAUAUUAAUAUUUUAAUUUUUGGAGAAAUUAAAAUAAAAAAAAUAAAAAAUUGAGUAUGUCAAUUUUAAGUAUACUUUACAACACAUUCAAACUUGUUUUCAUUAUUUUUGUCCCUUUAAUAGACCAAUUGGUACAUUGGAAAUAAAAUGUUUACAUUACUAUGUUGUAAGUGUAUAAGUAUCCCUCACAUUGUGCCUUAAAUUGAGCCAGAGAAUUACAAUCAUGGAAUUAUGGAUUUCCUUCAUUGCUAUAUUGCACUGGUGAUAGACAGAAAAAAAAAUUGAGUUUUUGUAUACUAUUAAGUAUUAAUAUUAUAUUACUAUAUUAAUUUUUACCAGUUCACUAUGUUUUUUAACCCUUAACUUGUCAAGCCUCAAGAAAAUAAAGUGAAAAUUACAAAGUAGAUAUUUUUAAACUAACUUGAGGUUGUUGAAACCAAAAAAGUUAUCAAAAACAAUAUUGGACUUGAAAGUUUAAAGUUAGGAAUUGUUCCUUAAAAGAUACAUUGCUACAAACCAUUUACAAAAUUACAAGAAGUAAAAUUAUUUACAAUUGUUUACAAAUUAAACAAUUUUUUUUUAUUAGUUCCCUAGCUUAUUUAUCAGAUAGAUAAAUAACACAUAACACUUCUGUGUUUAUGGAUUAAAUGUUUUAUUAGACAGUCUAAAAAUAUAAAACAUUUUUCUUUAUUAAAAAACCAAUUUAUAAAUUAUAUAAUGAACAAAAUUAGUACUGCAAUUUUCUCAUUGCUUAAUAACAAAAUAAAAUGUAUAACUAUAUAAUUAUUCAAUUCUUAACAAUAUUUAUUGUUAAUUUAAAAAAAUGUAUAAAUUAAUUUGUAAAAAUCAUCAAAUAGCUAAGAAUUAUUAUAGAAACAUGUUUAAUUUUUUUGUAUGAAAAUCAUUAAAGCUGUUUCUUUUUUUUUUAGUGUAUAUAGUACAUGUAUUACAUUUCAUACAAAUUUAGGUGGUUUUUAAAAUAAUUGCCUAUGAUGUUCUUUCAAGGAAGUGGUCAUAUUUAUUACAUUUUAUAUCAUCAAUAGACCUUGGUAUAACUGUUCUUAUAAUUUUUUACCUACUUUUGAAUGUCUACUUCUUUGAUUUAAUUUACUUUUUGUUGUUUGAAUGGAUGACAAUCUUGUUGAUAACAUAACCUAGCAUUACUGGUACCCUUAUCAAACAUUUGUAAAAGCACUGUCAUGUACCAUUUGUGUGUCUUAAGUUCUGUUUUGUACAAUGUCACCAGUAUGCCAGUCAAGUCCACAACUAUAUGAGAAUUAUACUGUUUCACUAUUUUAGGUACUGGAACAUCUGCAUAACAUUUUGAAAAUUUUGAAUACUGUUUUACUGUCUUUAUGGGAUGUAAGAACACAAAAGAAUAAACAAACUAAUUUAUUAUCUAGCCAUUUAGGAGCUAAGGCUUUUUUUUUUUUAUCACAUUUAUAGGAAUAACUGCCUUUUCCUUUUUUUAAAAAAAGUUAUUUCUCUUUUAACAUAGGACAAUUAUGAAGUCUAUUUUCUUAAACAGUACCAAAAUAUAGAAUUCUGUAGUUUUCUUUUAAAUGAUAAUUCAACUCAGAGUGGUGAAAAAUUAUCAAAAAAAUUUUACACUAAAAUUUUUAAUAGGUGUAGUGUUUGGGAAUACAAGUAUUUCCUUUGAGCCAAGUCCAAAAUAUUUGUUUUUAUAAUCACAGAAAGUAAAUUUAUCAAAUGUAAUUUCAUCACUGUAGGGCAAAAAAUCAUAUACCAUACCAUUGAUUCCCCACCUCGCAAAUAAUUUGAACUAUGCUUAUGAUAUUUUCUUCAUCAGAACUUUUACCACUAUCUUCUAGUGUAGUUAUUGCCAAUAUUUUAAGAGAUCUACAAAGUCAUCAUUUAUCCAUAAAAAUAAGUUUAAUUUUAGCAAUUAUGGAUAUUAACAAAAUAGAGUCUUCUAGCAACAUAUCUUUUUGGAUACAUAUGAAAUGUAAAUAUAAAUAGAGCCUUCUAAUUAUUAUCUUUUUGAAUAAAUAUUUUUAAAAUACAUAUAAAAUGAAAAAACUCAAUAAAUAUAAUUAAAAUAUUAGCAUAAUUAUAUUGAGAUGUACCUGAUUCAAUUUUAUGUAAGUCUUAAUAUUUUGGUUAGGUAUUUUAUGGCAAUAUCAAAAACACAUCACCACGUGAUUAUAAUAUUGUUUAUUAGUGUGUACAAUACACAAAUGCUAAAAUAUUUAAUUCUAGUAUUUAUAGAACAUAGUGUAUCCAAAAGAUACAGUACUAAGUUAAGGGUUUAUUAUAUUAAAUCAUUUAGUGGCGUAGUUAAUUUUGUUGUAAAAUUAACAUAUUUUGAAAUUCACUUUUAAAUUAAAAUACAUUUCUUAGAUAUUCAGCUUUAAUUUUUUUUUUUUUUUAGAUAGAAAUAAUUAUUUAGUUUAAGUUUAUUAAUAUAUAAAUAUAUUUUAUUUUAGUGAACCCAUAAACCUUAAAUCAUAAAGUAAUAUUAUAAUAUUUAUAUUAAAUAAAAUGUUAUAUUUUAUACUUAUAUAAUCAUCUAUUUAUAUACUGUAGUUUUAAUUACUAUUGCUAUGCCUGUUUAUUACAAUUUAAGUAUACUUC